CUUCCUAGUUUUAACCCAAAAAGGAAAACCCCACUCGUUCCUAAGCCCCAGCUUCCCUCUCCCAUGGAGACUCACACAGACUUCUUCUGGAUUUUCGCUCUCCCCGCCAAGUACCACGACCUCUCCCUCCCCAGCCUCCUCCUCCUCCUCCUCCCCUUCGUCGCCACCUGGCUCCUCCGCGCCCUCUCCCGCUGGUCUCACCCCGGCGGGCCCGCCUGGGGCCGACACCACCACCACCACCGCCACCACCCCGUCCCCAUCCCCGGCCCCCGCGGCCUCCCCGUGCUCGGCAGCAUGCACCUCAUGCACGGCCUCGCCCACCGCAGGCUCGCCGCCGCCGCCGCCCGCCACCAGGCCGGGCGGCUGAUGGCCUUCAGCCUCGGGGAGACGCGGGCCGUCGUGGCCUCCGACCCCGACGUCGCCCGGGACAUCCUCAACAGCCCCGCCUUCGCGGACCGCCCCAUGAAGGCGUCCGCCUACGGGCUCAUGUUCGACCGGGCCAUGGGGUUCGCCCCCUACGGCCGGUACUGGCGGGUGCUCCGCCGGCUCGCGGCCGGUCACCUCUUCUCCCCGAGGGAGGUGGGCGCAGGGGUGGCGCGGCGGCAAGUGAUUGCAGAGCAGAUGGUAUCGGCCGUCGGCAGCCGCAACAGAGUAAGCUUCCAGGUACGGGAGAUCGUGGGCCGCGCAUCGCUGAACAACAUGAUGGGCUCGGUGUUCGGGCGGGAGUACGAGCUUCUGCACGAGAAUGAAGAGACGCGGGAGCUGCGAGCUCUGGUGGAGGAAGGUUACGACCUGCUCGGGAUGCUGAACUGGUCCGACCACCUGCCGUGGCUCGCGGGCCUGGACCUGCAGCGGGUGCGGUUCCGGUGCUCCGAGCUGGUGCCCCGGGUGAACAGGUUCGUCGGCCGGAUCAUCCAGGAGCACAAGGGUCGGACCGGUCGGGGAAGCUUCGAUUUCGUCGACGUUCUGCUCUCUCUUCAGGGGGAGGAUAAGUUGUCGGACCACGACAUGAUCGCUGUUCUUUGGGAAAUGAUAUUCAGAGGAACGGACACGGUGGCGGUUCUCAUUGAGUGGAUCCUAGCGAGGAUGGUGCUCCAUCCUCACAUCCAGUCGAGGGUCCACGAGGAGCUCGACCGCGUCGUCGGUAGAUCGCGACCGUUGAUGGAAUCGGACCUCCCGUCGACGCCAUACCUCUCCGCCGUCGUGAAGGAGACCCUUCGAAUGCACCCGCCGGGCCCGCUCUUGUCAUGGGCCCGGCUGGCGAUUGAGGACACGACCGUGGGCGGUUACUAUGUGCCUGCGGGCACGACGGCAAUGAUCAACAUGUGGGCCAUCACGAGGGAUCCGAAGGUGUGGGAGGACCCGCUUGAGUUCACGCCGGAGAGGUUCGUGGGCCGGGACGACGCCACGGCAGAGUUCUCGGUCUUCGGGUCGGACGGGCGGCUUGCCCCGUUCGGGUCAGGCAGGAGGGUGUGCCCCGGGAAGGCCUUAGGCUUGACCACGGUGACUUAUUGGCUGGGACGUCUGCUCCAGGAGUUCGAGUGGGCCCAGGUGAAUCACAGCCCCGUGAAUCUAUCUGAAGUCCUGAGGCUCUCCUGUGAAAUGGUCAACCCGUUGACCGUCAAAGUGAGCCCUAGGCGAUCGUAAACAAUAAUGUCUGUUUUAUACAGUUAAUGAUACAACGACUACUUGGCGCGCAUCUGUAUAUACGCAUAUCAUAUGUAUUUCCAAUAUCAUAAGUUGGCUAAGGUUGUAAUGUGUUAUAUAAUCGCUGAAUUUCUCGCGUAUUUAGAA